AUGAAAGGAGGAUGUAUAGCUAAUAUUGGAUCUUGUGGAACAGGAUUUGAUUCUGCAAGCAGUUCAGUACAAAUGAAGAAAUGUUUAACAAAAGGGUCGGAACUCGCUGAUAGGAAAAGGGAGAAAAAUAAAGCAAUGCCACGAGCUCUAUUAAUCCACUGUUCAUCGAUAGAUGAAGCUCUCUCUUUAUCAUCUCGUGCCAGAUUCAACAUCUUUUUUCCUUUUUGUGAACCACGGGAGCGCCUAGCACCAAUAAGAACAAAGCUCAUUUUCCUUGCAAGGUAA